CUCAUUCCGUUGCUAACCGUGAGAGUAUGCCGUCCCUCAAAAGAAAUCAAGCUUCAUGCGAGCGGUUGGAAGGCCGGCGCCUUAACCACCCCCCCAAUCCUUACCCCAUAGUCCGUGUCCUCGUCCACCACUUACAGUCAACCAAUUUCACAUUGCAAUGAUUCAAUGCAAUCUAGGACUCGAAUUGUCAACCUCAAGACAGAUACAUCACAACACAGAGCGAAGUGUUGAUGAUCUGACCUCUCCUUCUUUCGCCUCGCCCCAAUCACCAUGUCACCCUCUAUUUCCGUGACCGAGAUCAUCAAGCACAACACUCCGUCCUCAGCAUGGAUCGUCAUUGAUAACAUUGUCUGGGAUGUGACCGAGUUCGCCCCAAAUCAUCCUGGCGGUGUCGAUGUAAUACUCGAGUACCUCGGCCAAGAUGCAAGCAUAGCAUACAAUGAAGUGCAUGCGCCAUCACUUGUGUCGAGGCAUCUCUCUCCUGACAAGCGAAUAGGUCAGGUCGAUCAGUCCAGCAUCACCGAUGAAUGGAGAGCGCAAUUCCAAUCAGCCGAGACUGUUGAGGGAACCACUGCAAACAGCGACACUACGGGGCCUCCGCCUCUAGAGGCUAUCUUGAACAUGUACGAUUUCGAAGAUGCUGCCAAAGCCACAGUAUCUGCCAAAACUUGGGCGUACUACUCCGGCGCCGCCAACGACAGCCUCUCGUACGCUGCCAACAUAGACUGGUACCGCAAGAUCUGGUUUCGCCCUCGAGUUCUCACAGGUGUCAAGGAUGUCGACACCACGACUACCAUUCUCGGCCAAAAGUAUAGCAUGCCCAUCUUUUCCUCUCCUGCGUCUUUGGCCAAACUAUCUCAUCCAGAUGGGGAAUUGGCCAUGGCCCGUGGGGCUGUCGCCAAAGGCACCACCAUCUGCGUGUGCAAUGGUGCGAGUUACUCGCUACGCGAGAUCACUGAAGUCAUGCCUGACAACUAUCCAAAGUUCUAUCAGUUGUACUUCAAUAAAGACCGUCGGGUGACAAAGAAGCUCAUGAAAGAAGUCAUCAGUCUCAAGCCCCGAGCGAUUCUAGCAACAGUCGACUUGCCCGUCGUCGGCAAGAGGGAGGCGGACGAACGAAUCAAGAUUGAUGCAAGCUACAAGCCCCGAAAACACCUUCAAGUCACGGUCUUGCCAACGGACAAUAAAGGCACAGGGCUCGCUCGUGCCACCGGCAGCUUCAUUGAUCCUGAUGUCAAGUGGGAAGAUAUCAGAUGGUUAAUCAACUUGUCCGACAUUCCUGUCUUUAUCAAAGGUGUUCAGUGUGCAGCUGAUGCCAAAAAGGCGUUGGAAGUUGGCUGUAAGGGGAUCUACAUUUCCAACCACGGCGGUCGUGCGGUCGAUACCGCGCCCCCAAGUAUCCUGACUCUAUUGGAGAUUCAGGCCAAUUGCCCAGAAGUUCUUGAGGAAAUGGAGGUGUUCAUCGACGGUGGUGUUCGGAGAGGUACUGAUGUAUUGAAGGCAAUCUGUCUGGGAGCAAGUGCCGUAUGUCUCGGUCGGCCGUUUCUACACGCCCUCACCUAUGGCCAGGCCGGGAUGGAAAAGGCACUGGAGAUUCUGCAAGAUGAGUUGGCGACAGCCAUGCAAAUGGUGGGUAUCACACGACUGGACCAGGCGCAUCCAGGACUUUUGAACACGGCCGAGAUUGAUCGGUACGUCAUCCGAGGCGAUGCCCAUCCAUGGGCAAGGAAGGUGGUGCGGAAGGUAAAGUUGUGACAAGAUAUGAGAGCUUGCCCCAGUCCAAAAGAGAAAACAUCAUGCAUUUGGUGCUGGUGGUGAAAGAAUCUGGAUCUGUAUGCAACUAGACAUUGCGGGGACCGUCAUACUUGCAACUCUACCUAAACUAUCAGAUAUGAUCAUGACUAUCGCUAGCCUCUCACAUGCCAUUGCCAAUCAUUCAGCGUGAAAUUCCAC